CCACUCAGGCCUACAUCAAGGACCAUACCCUCAUCGACCCCGCUGCGGUCAAUAUUGGCAAGAGCGAAGGUGUCCUGAAGUAAGUCUCACAGUGUUUGCACAUUCUUGAACGACGGGAACAACUUCGUCAAGGACUUCGUUGUCCUGUCUGAUGAGCUGUUGACCUCGUAUCUCUAUCGUAGGAUGUAUACUGGUGUGCAGACAGAGGAGCCCAAUGCUUACAUGGUCACCGUUUGGGAUGACAUAAAAUCACACCAAAAGGUCAUCGCCAAUCAAGAGCUUUUCGCCUCCCAAAUCGCCAGCUUACAACCGACCAUGUCCUCCCCACCCACAUCCAUCAUUCAUGCCAACUUCCAAUCCGAUUACACACCUGUCUUUGCUGCGCCCGUAACCGAGUUCGCUCUUGUCACUCCCAAGCCUGGAGUCGACCGCAAGGUCACGGAGGCGAAAGUGCACGCGAUCGCUGUUAUGGCGGGAAUAACGCCGGGGUGUAAGGCGAUUAGUGGUACGUGGGGGCCAGUGGUGGAGAAGGAUGAGACCUAUUUGUUGAUGCUUGGGUGGCUGACUGUUGAGGAUCAUUGGGAGGAAAUCAAGACAGGACCGCUGACGGAACCAGUAAAGGAGCUACUUGCAGAGAACGAUAUUGUCCUGACGCACGCGAAGCUCCGUACCCAGGUCAUCUGAGAAGCCUUGAAACCGUACGGCACUCUGAGUGAGCAGAGAAGUGUAUGAUUAUUGUAACACUACUCCUUGCUUUAUGGUCCUUCUAUUGUGUAUGAUAGCCGAUUUGUUCCAAUUACAUUCUGCGAAUAAGAGGGCGUUCCCCGUCGUGAC